AUGACAUGUUUAUAUUCCACUUUUUUGCGAUGCAACCACAAAAGUGUUUUUUUAAGUUUUAUACAAUUUAUGCAAUUGUUAUUAAUUUUAUUUGUACCGAAAAUGUCAUGAUGUGAAUUUGUGUAGGUAUAUGUAAUAUAUUGUAUGUAUGUAUUUUGUAAUACAUUUCAAAUAAAUUCUGUAAUUUUCUUCGAGUGACCACGAAACAAUGAUUAAGACGAAAAAACUAGCAUUUUUAUGUGGUUUUAUGUUGUUAGUCAUGUAUUACUCUAAGUUUAAUAGUGAUGUUAUUUUAUUGGAGACAAUUGUUGAGACGGAUAGAAUAACGACAAAAGCAAAGAAAAACACCAACAUGAAGUAUAUUCUACAAUGGACGAAGUCCUACGCGGAGCCAUUCGUUUUCAUGGGAAAAGGACAAAACGGAUUUGUAAGUCGACGAUGCAAAUUUGCUAACUGCUACGUAACUUCCAAUAGGACCUAUCUAAAUAGCUUGAAAGAUUUCGAUGCUGUUUUAUUUCAUGGUCCUGAACUCAGUACUGCCGAGAACUCAGUACUCUUGCGUCUGCCGACUCGGAGGUCUCGUAAACAAAAGUAUGUUUUUGUUAGUAAGGAAUCAUCUCGCAUGUAUCCAUUACGCUAUACGGUCUACAAUAGCUUCUUUAACUGGACGUGGACAUACAGAUUGGAUUCUGAUAUAUAUUACGGUGAUAUUGUUAUCAAAAACAAGCGAGGUGAUGUUAUUGGACCUAAAGAAGUUAUGCACUGGCUUAGGGUGGAGGAAAUGGAACCUAUCAAAGAUGAACUUAAAGAGAAGUUGAAAAACAAAAAAAUUGCUGCCGCAUGGUUUGUAUCAAACUGUAAAACUAUGAGUAAUCGAGGUUAUGUAGCAGAAUUAUUGCAGAAGGCAUUACUUAAAUACAAUAUGACCGUUGACAUAUACGGUCGUUGUGGAAAUAAAUAUUGUCCUAGAACUCAUAUGGAGCAGUGCCUGCGAAUGUUGGAGAAUGAUUACUAUUUUUAUUUGGCUUUCGAGAAUACCGUUGUGAAUGAUUAUGUGACGGAGAAAUUAUUGCACGCGUUGCAGCACUACACUGUCCCAAUAGUUUAUGGGGGCGCGAACUACACAAGGUUCAUGCCAGGGGGUUCUCACUUGAACGUUUUAAAUCAAACUAUAGAAGUUCUAGUCAAGAGAAUGGUUGACAUGAUAAACGACAAAGAACAGUACUACGAGUAUUUUAAAUGGCGGAAUCACUAUUCUUAUCAUAAUGGAGAAGAGUCCCCUGCUACUGAUUACUACUGCGAUUUUUGCAAAAAGCUCAAUGAUUUUAAUGUAAUGAACAGAACCAGCUAUAUUGAAAACUUUAAAGGAUGGUGGAACACGAAGCUUGAAAGUAACUGAUCUAACAUUUGUUCUCACUGCCUCACUGGUCUAGACAAUGAACGUGUAAAUGUUAUUUUUCUUGGGCAGUCGAUGGCAGUAUAUUUAUAAGUGCGAACGUAAGUGCAUAAGGCCCAAUAUUUGGCCCUGCCAUUGUCAGGGGUGGCAUGUAGUUCUUUCACUGUUUACGUGUUGGGGCACAUUGGGCUACACAGAAGGUACCGCAUUGUUUGUGGCGUGGUACCGCUCAUGUGAAAGUUGCCCGGUAGGCACUGGAAUCAUUGGUACUGGUUCUUUGCUUUUUAUGGUGGAUUAUCUUAUUUUGUGAUACAACUGGAAUUCCCACCCACUCAUAUGUGCAGCCGAUGGCCGGCUUUUAUGCUCUAGGCAUCUAGAAAUGGGUCCCUUAGUUAAUGUUUUUGAUCAUUUAUGUUAUUUCUUUUUAAUAAAUAUUACUAUUAUAUAUUGUUUAU